GCGUCCUGUGAGGUCAGUCUGCGCCGCGGCGUGUCGGCCUCCAGGAGUGCUUCGAUUCGCGACGUGUUGCCGCGACCGGUUUGACAAUACGCGAGUGUCUCGUGGCUUCCGAGACACGAGAGCCGUGGCUCGCGAUCCUGCAGCUGGCACCUGCAGCGCGUCGCUCGCACUUCCGGAUCGCGCGUCCGACCUCUUCUUCCUCCUCUCUCUCUCUCUCUCUCUCUCUCUCUCUCUCUCUCUCUCGUCCUCCUCCGCCGUCAUCUUCUCUUCCUCUUCCUCCUCCUCCGCCGCCGCCGCCGCCUCCGCGUUAGCUCUUUCUCAUCGCUCCCCUGUUUCUUCUCGUCUCCCUUCCUCUCGCGCGAGCCCUCGCAUUUUCGUCGCGCGUCCACCUGGCGCACCGCUCUGAACUAAUUCGCGGCCGUCGCCGGCGCUCAGCAGCACACCUCAUUACCGCACUUCCGCGACGACGACGACGACGACGACGACGACGGGGGAAGAGGCGCCGAAGAGGCGAGAGAGAGAGAGAGAGAGAGAGAGAGAGGACGUUUCAUUCAUUCAGCCGUCACUCCGAUCGAAAAACUCCAGGCUCGCUGAGCAAGUCAAUGCGGCCGAGCCGAUAAUUCCAGCAAGCUCUCGGAGGCUGCUGCUGCAUCCGGCUGCUCGCGCGGCGACGAGUAUAUAUCAUGAAGGAAGUACAGGAGCAACAGCAGCCGGAGUCAAUGGAGUCUAACGAAUCGGUUUCCGGCUCGAACGAGUACGCCUACCGACCACUCACCACCAAGCACAGAAGAGCCGGAAGCACCGGGACAACGGGCGACGAGGAAUACACCACGGACGAGGAUGAGCUCUACACGGACGAGGCCGACUGCUCGAUCGGCGCCAGUCUGCACCCGCCUCAUCCCAUCCUCAAGUCCGACCUCGCGAGGGCGGCCACGGAUCUCUUCGGCUACGUCACUAAGCGCGACGACGAGGACGAGGAGCCGACUAGUCUGUUCGACGAGGACGACAACAACAAGUUCCUGGGUGACAGUUCCAGUUCGAGCAAAGCUACUCCCCUGUUCACGUACAACGAGAAGCUGCAGGGAGUUCUGUCGAGACAUCGAAGCCUAUCGGACGAGAAGAAGCCCUGCGAUAAGUUGAAAUCUCCCGAGCCGGAAGUUCUCAAGUCUCAGACUCAACGCACGAGACCCCUGGAUCUCCGGUUGAGCGAAGCUGACUCGGCGGAUAAAGCGAGAGACGAGAAUGUCGAUGCCGGCUCGACGAAGAGGGACAAUUCCCGCGAGUCCUCCAGGAGGUCUUCCCUGUCCAAAGACACGCAGCCGGAAGGAGGAGCGUUGCCGAAGCAGCAGGAGCUGCUGUGCUUACCUAAGAAGAUCAACAGUCCACCGUCGCCUACCGCUCUGCAAUGGGGUAGGGCAGUGGCCGAGGUGAAGGAGCACGCUGUGGCGAAGCUGCAGGAGGAGCUCAAGAGGGCUCACGAGGAGCUGAAGCUGAAGGACGAGGAAGUGGCCAGACUGUCGCGUAUCAGGCAGGACGUGGAGGCCGAGCUCGAGGAACUCACUGCCAGCCUCUUCCAGGAGGCACACAACAUGGUGCGAGAGGCUAACGUGCGCCAGGCAACGGCGGAGCGUCUCCUGGAGGAGAGUCGCAUGAAAUCGGAGGUGCUCGCGGCCGAAGUGGCUGCUCUAAAGACUCUGGUGCUAACGUCCACGCCGUCGAGGCCGAAUCCUCACCUGCACCCUCAGAUCGACACGAAGGGUCGCGCUGGUAACGGAGAGGAGAGCCAACAGGGGCUUUUCGCGAAGAAGCAUCGCAGAUCGCCGUCGCACUUCAACUUGAAGUACGGCCGGGAGAAUUCGCCGCCGGACUCGCCAGUGAAAGAACAAAGGCCGCCGUUACCGACGGAUCGAGAGGUGCUCGAGAGGGACUGGAAGCGGGACCGCGAGAAGGAGAGAGAGCGGGAGUGCAAGGACUUCGGCCUGGAGGUCGACCCGCGGGUGCACACGGAGUUUCUCAGGUGGAAGGCGAACCCGUGCGUCGACAAGAGCGAUCUCUUCGUCGCGAGGGUAUUCAGGGAGGACAUCGACCUCUGCCUGGAUUUCCCUAACAAAGAAUUGGGCGCCAAGGUCAGGCAGGCCGUCUUGGACGGCAUAAUCUUCAUCGAGGCGGUCAGCGACAAGACGAAGCUCGCUUUCCCCAAGAAAUGCGCGCUACUCGAGGCACCGCGGCAGUGUCAUUACCGUAUGCGACUCGGUGAUCAGGAGAACCAGUGGUUCUGCAUCUCGCAGAUCUGUCGCAACCGGAUCAUAGCGGUGUGUGAUUUCCUUAAUUACCUGAGAUACGUGGAGCGCGGCCUCGUCAAGAGCUCAGUUCAUGACAUUUACUGGGAGAUCACGCGGCUGAGGAAGGAAAUGGUCUUCGCGCGCUUGGGCCUGGCAUUGUCGUCCUGAGGUUCGCGUAGGCGGGAUGUCAUCUAGUCUCGAGUCUCGAGCGCAAUUCAAGCAAGGAAUUUACUGCAUCAGGAUAUAUAAUCGGUCGGUGGGUGGAUUGCGCAGAAAGACGACACAGUUUAGCGACCGUCUCGUCUAUUCUCGGCCGGCGAGAAAAGUGAAGGUGCAAUAAAACCUGCUGCAAUUUCCCGGAUUAUCCGUAGGAUCUCUCUCUCUCUCUCUCUCUCUCUCUCUCUCUCUAAUUCUGCAAAGUCGUCCUGACAACGAUGCUUCCGAGAGAUUUGCGCGACAUUUCUGGGAGAAGCCGCCUUGUUACUCGCGACUGUAAGAUAUAUGAAUAAUUUACUCGUGCAAUUUUCCUCUCCAGUAACGAAUGUUGUAACGAACGCUGCGCAGGAGAGAUAACGGAUCGAUUCUCGCCGCAACGCCGAGAGUCGGUCCCGACUUUCCUGCGAGCGAGCGGGAGGACAUCGCCCGGGAUUGUAUUCGGUGACCGAGCCUCAGCGAGAAACGUUAUUCUCAGCGCGCGAGCGCGCGCGAAUUCUCACAAAAAGAUUCGAUACCCGUGGCACGGCGGUGCGCUUUCCUCGGGUUUCAACGAACCCCGCGAACAAAUGAAGGCGACGACGAACGCCGAACACGAGGCUGUGAAUGCGCAAAUCAGGCAUUAUCGACACGGUUCUCCUGACAUGACAGAUGUAACAUAACAAAAGAGAUUUUUGAGAUAUUGCAAACGCGUUCUCGACGGCAGGAGACACCUUUCGAGCCGCGCACGAAUCAUCGAACUGCUGUUAAGCAUCGUAAGCUGUUAAGCUUACGCGUAUUUACGAACAAAUUCAAGCUCUAAACUCGUUGACUCGUUUGUUCUCACGAGGUAGCUAACGUUUAAUGAUCAUUAACUAAAUAUUAUGGUACGAAGUCACAAUUUAUCUGUAUUCGCGGAGUUUGGUACCAACACGGGAGAAUUGAACGCUCGCAAUUCAUUUGUUUCCGAAAACAGUGCGUCCCCGCACGGAUUGUACGUUCGAUUGUUGUACUAAUUUAUCGUCGCUCACGCUGUCCUCCUCCGUUUCGUGCGACUUUAUCGCAAACGUUUUCACGUCAAUCGUCAACGGCUUCCGAUGAAUGUCGAUCGACGAUUGUGUAAUUGUAAGUUCCCGCAAACCUCAAGCGUGUCUGUACGGAAUUCCGCGGGGUCGUAAAACUGUCAUCUAGACACUGUAGUCUCGACACUUAUUGUUGGAUCAUGACUACUACAUAUACUGCGCUAAUAUUAUCGCUCUUAGGGAAGAGUCCCGUUUGUGUGGACCAUACGAAUCUCAAAAUUCCUGAUAGUGUAAAUAGAUUCGGGACACCUCUGUCAUGUCCUAUGCCAUUGUUCUAUGCGUCUGUCACGUUGCGUCCGGUUGUAUCCGGACAUAUUUGUUUGAAUUCUAGAUUAUAUAUAUAUAUAUAUAUAAAUAUAAAUAUAUACAUAUUAUUCUGGCAUGUUGAAAACAUCCUAGCGUGAGGAAAUUGCGUUGACAGGUCAAUUAAAAUUGACGCUCAUGCCAGUCGUGUAUUUUACGGUUGUACAUACGAGAAUAUAUAUUUUGUUUAUUGCGAAAGUACUCCACCGAGACUCUUUCUCGGCAAAUCCUGAAUUAUGAUUCGCUGAUCGAUUCUUUCGAGACGACAGGUGAGUCUCCGCGAGACGAGCUCUCCGGAGACGAGUGAUUAUUUCGGCGCCACGGCGUCGGUCAGAACGGCGAUUUUCUUUCACGCUGGUACGAUCUUCGCAUGAGAAUCUCUCGAAUCCGUUGUCUUCCAUUAUUUAUCGCGACAGCUUGACGUGAGAGCGGAGGGAACAGAGCGGAUUUACGGAUUAAAACGAUUAGUUCGUUAUUCCGAGUGGCGCUAAAGCGUGCAAUUUUUGUGGUUAGCGACGAGCGAGCGAGGAGCAUCCCCACGAAGACUGCGGGACGUAAUAAGAAGACUUUCUGUAAGCAUUUCUUGUGAAUAGAGGCAAUGUGUUGAUUGUGUACAUCAAGUGUAAAUAGAAUCUUCUAAUAUUACUCUUGAGACAGGAACUUGUAUUAAAGAAAAAAAAAAAACAUGAAAUAAAAAUUAUCGCCAUUGUACAAACACAGCGAUUGAUUGUUGUGUUGUUGUGUCGUCGCGAGUAACAAUCAGUUUGUAUUAAUUAAUUUCAGAAUCACAAUGUUUGCGCAGUACGCAAUGAUUGUUGCGAGCUGUUUAUGCGACGUGUACUUCCAAAUAAUUUCGGAUGUCGGAGUCGGAUACAAAAAGCGAGUGCAAACUCUGGCAGAGGAAAUGCGGACAGAUCGCCGCGUAUGUCAACUCGCCGUUUCGGAGAUGUUGAAUACCAUUUUUGUUUUAUUAUA